UCUCAAACAAACAAGAGUAAAGAUGUGUUGUUAUUUUUAACAUUUCGAGGAGGAUGGGCGAUUCUAAACAAGACCUGGUUUUGGUAACAGAAUUUGGUCCUUUCCGGCAGUGCUUGGUAAAUCCAAGUUGGGAAGCAGCCAAGGGCUGGAAAAUAACAGGACUUGGUGAGGGUAUAGAGGCCCAGACGGCUGAAAUUCCUGUAAGUUACGCAAAAGCUCAACAAAUCCUUGCUGAAAUAUGGCAGAAUAUGAAACCAAAGGUUGCUGUCCAUUUGGGAAUAGCACCAGGAACCAAAUGCAUCAUUCUAGAACAGACAGCAAAGAACCAUGACUACAAAGACAGAGAUGUGUGUGGUUUCUGUCCUGCUGGUAACUUUUGCAUUGAAGGAGGAGCUGAGCAGUUAGACUCUAUUAUAAGCAUGAGGUCCCUUGCCAAGCACUUGAAAGGACAGGGAAUAUAUAUCAUCUACUCUAGGGAUGCUGGAAGGUACUUGUGCGAUUUUGUGUACUACUGCUCUCUGUACUACGGACAAAGGAGGGCAGCACUAAUUCAUGUGCCUGUCUCAGGCAGCCUGGCACACCCAGACAGGCUGGUGCCACAGCUCCAGGCCAUCAUCCUGGCUCUGCUACAGCAGUUGGACAAACACAGCAGUUCACCCACCAAGUCCACAUGCAGUGCAGGCUGACAACAGUUUGAGCAGAAGAAUGUACUGGAAGACUAAAAGCAAGCUACAGAAUAGUGCUUCUUCAAGAGCAGUAAAGCAUGCUGAUGUUGUCCAGUUACAAACAUCUAAGUGUAUUAACAAAGACAUAAUAAGAAAAGAUCAACAUUG